GUUUACGUUUUAGCAUUUAGCACAUAUAAUUUGAUUUUGAAUAUAGUAACAAGUGAUUUUUUAUAAGUGAGUUGGCUACAUUACAAAUGCAGUCGUUUUUCUAUGGAUGCAUCGUUGGCGGCAGCGCAGGAGGCGGCGGGCGCGCAAGCGCGCGCGGCGCCAGCUGAUACCAUGGGCGGCGCGCAUCAGCCCGCUACUCCGGGGCCCACGUCGCUCUUCAUACUCUCCGACGAAAAUCCUAUACGGAGGUACACAAAGUUCAUCAUUGAGUGGCCACCCUUCGAGUACGCGGUGCUGCUUACCAUCAUAGCCAACUGCGUGGUGCUGGCGCUGGAGGAGCAUUUGCCCAACGGCGAUAAGACCAUCUUAGCACAGAAUCUGGAAAAGACCGAGGCGUACUUUUUAGGAAUAUUUUGUGUAGAAGCCUCGUUAAAAAUUUUAGCUUUAGGUUUCGUUUUACACAGGGGCUCGUAUCUUAGAAACGUUUGGAACAUUAUGGAUUUUUUCGUUGUAGUAACCGGUAUCGUCACGCUGCAGCCGAACAUCGCGCCGGAUGUCGACUUCAGAACCUUGCGUGCCAUUAGGGUGCUGAGGCCCCUUAAAUUAGUAUCGGGCGUCCCUAGUCUGCAAGUGGUGUUGAAAUCCAUCAUCAAAGCCAUGGCGCCACUGCUGCAGAUCGGAUUACUGGUGCUGUUCGCGAUCGUUAUAUUCGCUAUCAUCGGCCUGGAGUUCUAUUCCGGGGCUCUUCAUAAGACUUGUUAUAAUUUAGAAGAUAUUAAUGAAAUAAUGAAUGAGGGCGACAGUGCCACGCCGUGCAACGCAGACAACAAGAGUUUGGCGCCGUUGGGGGCCAAUGUUUGCGAAUACGAUAAGAGCACGUGUUUAGAAAAGUGGGAGGGACCGAACAAGGGCAUCACGUCGUUUGAUAACAUCGGCUUCGCUAUGCUCACCGUCUUCCAGUGUAUCACGAUGGAGGGCUGGACUGCCAUCCUCUAUUGGACGAACGACGCUUUAGGCAGUGCAUUCAAUUGGAUUUAUUUUGUGCCUCUAAUAGUAUUGGGUUCAUUCUUUAUGCUCAACUUAGUUCUCGGUGUUCUUAGCGGAGAGUUCGCUAAAGAAAGAGAGAAAGUAGAAAAUAGGCAAGAAUUUCUUAAGUUAAGAAGACAACAGCAACUAGAAAAAGAACUCAAUGGUUAUGUUGAGUGGAUAUGUAAAGCCGAGGAAGUAAUUUUAGCUGAAGAAAGAACCACCGAGGAGGAGAAAAUGCACAUAAUAGAAGCGCGGAGGAAAGCAGCUGCCAAAAAGAAGUUAAAAAACCUUGGCAAAAGUAAAAGCACCGACACUGAAGAGGAGGAGCAGGACGAGGAGUGCGGUGACGACGGUUUUUUGAAGAGCAAGACGCGUUCGGUGGGCAAGUGUGCAGACUUCUGGCGGGCGGAAAAGAGAUUUCGUUUUUGGAUCCGGCACACGGUCAAGACGCAGUGGUUCUACUGGUUCGUGAUUGUGCUGGUGUUGUUCAACACGAUAUGUGUCGCCGUCGAGCAUUAUAAACAACCAAAAUGGCUGACCUCAUUUUUAUAUUAUGCCGAAUUUGUGUUCUUGGGUCUUUUUAUGAUGGAGAUGUGGGUGAAGAUGUAUGCUUUGGGACCUCGGAUAUACUUCGAGUCUUCUUUCAACCGAUUCGACUGCGUGGUCAUAUCGGGCUCCAUAUUCGAAGUGGUGUGGUCCGAAGUUAAGGGCGGCUCAUUCGGCCUGUCUGUGUUGAGAGCGUUAAGACUGCUGAGGAUAUUCAAGGUCACCAAGUACUGGUCAUCCCUCAGGAACCUAGUGAUAUCACUCCUGAACUCCAUGAGAUCUAUCAUCUCACUGCUGUUCCUACUGUUCUUGUUUAUCCUCAUCUUCGCUUUACUCGGCAUGCAGUUGUUCGGCGGCCAGUUCAACUUCGAGGAGGGAACGCCGCCGACUAACUUCAAUACCUUCCCUAUCGCGCUGCUUACUGUCUUCCAGAUUUUAACAGGUGAAGAUUGGAACGAAGUGAUGUAUCACGGCAUCGAAUCACAGGGUGGCAUUCAGAAGGGCAUGAUCUACUCUUUGUAUUUCGUUAUACUGGUGCUUUUCGGAAACUACACUCUGCUCAACGUGUUUCUUGCCAUCGCUGUCGAUAACUUAGCCAACGCUCAGGAAUUGACAGCUGCGGAAGAGGAACAGGUCGAGGAGGACAAGGAAAAGCAACUUGCAGAAUUGAAGAAAGAGAUGGGAGCGUUACACGCGGUGGACGGGAUACCACCCGAAGUAGAUUCCCCGUCGCCCACUACCAGGAAGAACAAAAAGAAAGAAGAGGCCAAAAAGGAUGAUGAUGACGAGGUGCCAGAUGGACCAAAACCAAUGCUGCCAUAUUCGUCCAUGUUCAUUUUGUCACCCACUAAUCCAAUUAGGAGAGGCGCACAUUGGGUUGUAAAUUUAAAAUACUUUGAUUUUUUUAUCAUGAUUGUUAUAUGUAUGAGUUCUGCGGCUUUAGCAGCUGAAGAUCCUGUAGUUGAAGAAAGCGCCUGGAAUAAAAUAUUAAAUUUAUUCGAUUACGCGUUCACCGGUGUAUUCACCGUUGAAAUGUUACUCAAGAUUGUUGAUCUGGGAAUACUAUUUCACCCGGGUGCUUAUCUUCGCGACUUAUGGAACAUCAUGGAUGCUGCUGUCGUAAUAUGUGCCCUAGUAAGCUUCGGUUUUGAAAUCGGAGGUGUGAAAAAGGGCGCUCAGAAUCUAUCCACGAUAAAGUCGCUAAGAGUGUUGCGCGUGCUCAGGCCGUUGAAAACUAUAAAACGAAUCCCUAAAUUAAAAGCAGUGUUUGACUGUGUGGUGAAUUCUUUGAAAAACGUCAUUAACAUUCUCAUUGUGUACAUAUUGUUUCAAUUCAUAUUUGCUGUAAUUGCAGUACAACUUUUUAAUGGUAAAUUUUUUCACUGCAACGAUAUCAGUAAGAAUACAUUUGAAGACUGCCAAGGGUCGUAUUUCGUCUACGAGGCGAAUAGCCUGCUGCCGAAAGUAAGCAAACGACAGUGGACGACGCAAUUCUUCCAUUACGACAACGUCGCCACUGCCAUGCUCACGCUUUUUGCUGUACAGACGGGAGAAGGGUGGCCACAGGUGUUACAAAACUCCAUGGCUGCUACGUAUGAAGAUAGGGGACCCAUACAAAACUUUCGAAUAGAAAUGUCCAUAUUUUAUAUAGUUUAUUUUGUGGUGUUUCCGUUUUUCUUUGUUAACAUAUUCGUAGCUCUGAUAAUUAUCACAUUUCAAGAGCAAGGUGAAGCCGAGUUACAAGACGGUGAAAUUGAUAAGAAUCAGAAAUCGUGUAUAGACUUUACUAUAGAAGCGCGGCCUCUUGAGAGGUAUAUGCCAAGCAAAAGGGCGAGUUUUAAGUACAAAGUGUGGAGAAUAGUAGUCUCUACGCCUUUUGAGUACUUCAUCAUGACUCUCAUCGUACUCAACACAUUGUUACUCAUGAUGAAGUACUAUAAUCAAAAUGACCUCUACGCGGAUAUCCUCAAGUAUUCGAAUAUGGGGUUCACUGGAAUGUUUUCUGUGGAAACGGUGUUGAAAAUCAUCGCUUACGGUGUCAAAAAUUUUUUCAAAGAUCCAUGGAAUACAUUCGAUUUCAUUACGGUAAUUGGAAGUAUUAUUGACGCUCUCAUCAUGGAAUUAGGCGAAAACACUUUUAACGUCGGUUUCCUCCGCCUGUUUCGAGCCGCGCGACUGAUCAAGCUGCUCAGGCAGGGUUACACCAUUCGAAUACUGUUGUGGACGUUCGUGCAGAGCUUCAAAGCCUUACCCUAUGUGUGCCUUCUCAUCGCGAUGCUCUUCUUUAUCUACGCCAUCAUUGGAAUGCAGGUGUUUGGCAAUAUAGACUUAGCACCCGACUCAGAUAUGAACAGACACAACAACUUUCAAAGCUUCAUUCAAGCACUAAUGCUACUAUUCAGAUGCGCAACGGGCGAAUCCUGGCCUAACAUCAUGUUGGCGUGCCUCAAGCCGGCGAAGUGCGACGAGAAGGCCGGGAAGAGUCCAAGCGAACCUUGCGGAAGUACGCUCGCUUACGCGUACUUCGUAUCGUUUAUAUUCUUCUGUUCAUUUCUUAUGUUAAAUUUAUUCGUUGCCGUCAUUAUGGAUAACUUUGAUUACCUAACGAGGGAUUCGUCCAUCCUCGGCGCACAUCACCUUGAUGAGUUUGUUAGAAUAUGGGCCGAAUAUGACCCAAAUGCCACCGGAAAGAUCCACUUUACGGAAAUGUAUGAUAUGUUAAAAAAUAUGGAUCCUCCGCUGGGGUUUGGCAACAAGUGUCCGAAUAGGUUGGCGUAUAAGAAAUUAAUUAGAAUGAAUAUGCCGUUAGACGACGAAGGAAAGGUUAAUUUUACUACAACUCUCUUCGCGUUGAUACGAGAAAAUUUAAACAUCAAGAUGAGAUCAGCGGACGAGAUGGACCAAGCGGAUGAAGAGCUGAGGGAAACGAUUACUCACAUAUGGCCAUUGCAAGCGAAGAAAAUGUUAGAUUUGCUGGUGCCUCGAAACGAUGUACUCAAUACAGGGAAAAUGACCGUGGGCAAGAUCUACGCGGGCCUCCUCAUCCUCGAGAGCUGGAGAUCGACUAGGUUUGGCCGAAAUCCUCAGGGCGUUACGGUGUUGGAGUUGCAAGACGUAGCUUCACAUCACGCGUCUAUAGAGUCUCUGGACGAGGCGCGACUAACGGCGCCGCACACCUACCAAAACGGUCACCACGGCAGGUCUUCCAGUUUGAGACGGACGCCCAGUCCGAGGCGGCGUGGCCACUACGGGGGCUACCACCACGACAUCGGGUUCUCGGACACGGUCAGCAACGUUGUGGAGAUAGUGAAGCACGAACACCAGCGGCACGGCCGCUCACAUCGCCCGCCACACCACUACCAUCCACAUGGGAAGGAGUGGAGAGCGCCGCACCCAACGACCAGCCUGAGCCAGCCCUCGCGGUCGCCCAGCCCGCCACACCACACCUACGUUUGGGCUCCAAUAGGUGAACGAGAGCGGGAGAGGGACCGCGACUGGCGAGCUUGGCGGGACCGGUCGUGGGAGAGGGACGGAGCGCGGCGCGGCCGCGGUCGGCAGCUCCCGCCCACGCCUACCAAGCCGUCCACGCUGCAGGUCAAGCAGCAGCCACCGUUCACUCGAAUCACCCAUAGCCCCUCUCAUUUAUCAUUAAGGCAAACGGUGCGGGACCCUGUGGAGCCUUUGCACGAUGAGUACGAGUAUGGCCGAGAAGUAGAAAGACUGAUACACCGAGACUAUAGAUCUAGAGAUAGUAUUUGCAACAGACGCGGGCGGGGCUACGAGAGCGAGCGGGGAGGGCGGUCGUACGAGCCGGUAGCGCCGCUGUCGUACGAGGCCGCGCUGGCGCUAGGUCGCGGCGGCGGCGGCGCGCGCGCGCUUCCCUCGCCCGCGCCGCCUCGCGCCUGCCCAACGGGUACAAGCCGCGCGCGCGCCACUCCGACUCCGACGAGGACGACUGGUGCUAGCGGCGCCGACGCGCGCGCUCCCAGAGAGACGUGCGCGCCGCCGCGGCCCCCGCGACUCACGCGCACACCUUCUGAAGCGUCGCGCCCGGCCCGACCCGCGACAACACGCCUCGAACGAUCUCGUUUUUUACUCGGCGACCGUGUGUAUAUAGACGACUUACGUUGCUCAGGAUUUUGGACGUCCCUCCUGGACACGGCGGACCUCCGCUGCGCCCCCUCCCGGCGGGCCUCCAUGAGCUAUAUCCAAAUUCUAGUAUUUACAAAGUUUUGGAAAAUUUAAUUUUUAAUUCGCUAAAAUUUUACUCUUAAUUUAUAUAACGAUUAAGGUAAUCGAAGUAUGAAACAGUGCCAGACAGCUCGUUUGCGCUAGGAUUUUUACAUAAAUGAAAUUAUUAGUCUGUAUUGUAAAAGUAACUUUCUAUAUCAUUAAAUUUGCACUCGAUAAAGUCCACGUAUUAAUAUCGCCUCGCAAGGCGGCGCGCGUCUACAUCUACAACUUAGUCGUUGGGAAACACUAGCAAUUCAUCGUCAGACAAAUUAAUACUAGUAUUGUAUAAAAUAUUUACAUAGCAAAUAAUUUUUACUUAGUUAAUAUUAUACCUAAUAAAAUAACAUUUUUUAUUGAAUUUGCUGUCCUCCCCCAAGUGCUUUAUACGUUAUUUAAAUUUAAUAAAUACAAUUAAAGCUAAAAAUAUGGAUUGUAUAUGUAUUGUAUUUCAUUAAAGAUGUCAUUUUUAAAUUAAAUUGGGUAAAAUUAUGAAAAUUAUGUACUGUUAUCGUUUAAACAAGAUUAUUCUGAAUGAUUAUUUAUAUUAUAUGUAAUGUUGUGAAGUUAUAUUUAGUGUUGAGAUUGUUUAAAUCAUCACACACUAGGAGAUUCGUAACCGUUGUAAGCAUUGAGCCGUCGCCAUAGUCGCGGGCGCCCCGCCCGGAGCAGGCGGCGCGCCCGUCGGUCCAUUACAUUCCAACCCCACACACUCGAACAUUACCUAUACACAAACCAAAUGCUGAAAAUGAACGCCACUAGAAUAACUCUAGGGUCGCACGUUUGCUUCUCGUUUCUGGAAUUUUAAUUUGAUACUUCCAUAUUACAUUAAUACAGUGACGUCCUGACGCCUGUUUAUCUAAGGACAAUUAAAUAUAACCUAAUGUUUGUCUGUUUAAAAACGAUUCGCAUAAUAUAAAGUUCGUUAAUCGAGAUCAGGUGUGGCGUAAUUUAAUUAUCAACGAUAGCACCAGCUACUGAAGGAAACCUGCGUCACCAUUUCUUUACAAUCAGGGUCAGAUAGGCUCACUAACAAUUUACUAUAUAGAACUAUUUAAUUGUAAACUAAUAACUUUAUUGCAUGUUGUAAUUAUUCGUUAACGAUCUACAAUUUAAAUGAAUGAGUAUUUACAAUCGUUUAGCCAAUUCUGCCGGUUGUUACCCGUGCCGUGCGUGACGUCUUGUAUUGGUGCGAGACCGGCUUGACUGUUUUUACUAGGAUUUCAAAUUACUUUAGCAUUUAAGGUUUUUAUUCCACCUAAGUGUAGCAAGACUCUAGGGGAUAAACGUUUAAUAAUAAAAGUUUUAUACCUUACGCUGUCUUAAUAAUAAUAUCCAUUAAUUGUUAUCCUCCUGAAGCCUGAACCCUCCGUGUGGAACAUGGCGACUACGAAAUGUAAUGCCCUGAACAGCAAUCAGACAAUGAGCAAACCGGCAAGUGCAAUAAAGUUGACAGUUGAUCUCUAAUACUAGUAUUAAAUGGUUUCAAAGGCUGAAUACCAAUAUUUUAAAAGCAUUCAUGCCAUUUCCUCAUUGUACAUCUAUAAAAGAACGUUAAUCGCGGGGAAAGCGAAAUAAAAGUGAGAAUAUAAUACUAUCUAGGUACCGACGAUUCGCAGCUGUAUAAGUGACACCUAGUGUACCUACGCCGUGUAGGCAUUGUUAGUUACUAGUGGCUGUUCAUAAAAAUUGUUAUUCUUUCUUGCAAAAAGUGCAAACUCAUUGAGUGUAUAAUUAGUCUAUUGGCUAGCAAAUAAUUUAAUUAGUUAAGGUUUUUUAAUAAGUAAACAUCUCAAAUGUUUGUAAUAAUCGUACGCCAUACAAACAUGGAUGAGCGGACAAAUAAUGGCAAAAGUCUGUGUGAGAUAUUUAUUAGUGAGAAUUAAAUACCUCCAAGCCGAUCCUUUCACCUCGAAAGAGCAUGUCAUAAGCAAUAAACAUAGAAAGUACGCGUUCCGUAUAAUAUUAUGCUAUUGCCUUAUCGUCGCAUAUAACACGACUAAUAUUAAUCAUAAUCAUAGAAUAUAUUUGGAAGCUAAGUACCAUUGGUGACAGAUCAAAACAAAAUUAAUUAUGGAUAAGGGCCUGUUUACACAUUGAUUGGUGUUUAGUGCGAGUUCAUACAUUUGCUACUUGCGCUUAAUAGCAAAUGUAUGAAUUAGCACUUAAUACUAGUCAAUGUGAAAACAGGCCAUAAAACUAAGUGACUAGCAUCCGUUUAAUAUAUUAUACCUACGUAGCGGCUUGUUCUAGUGCGUUACAGUAAGGCACUCGAGAUAUGACUGCCGGUCAUUAUAAUGAAAUGAAAUCUUCUUUUCAUAUGAAUGCCAGAAGUACUUAUAAAUUACAGAGUAUUUACAUUGCUAGCAUUUAGAUAAUUAUUUUAGUAGCAAUUAGCCCGGAGGGGUGAUAACCGUAAACAGUCAGCUUCUUAAGGCAUCGUCAUCAACGGCGACGGUGGUCAUAAACGUGCCCAGCCGCGAAAUUAUUUUUCUUCGCGCUAAAUGACAGAUUACAAAACGCAACGAAAAAUUUUAUCCAACCACUCAGAAUUUAACAAAUUUGAAACUAGAUAUCAAUAUUAGAUAAUUAUAUGUAGGUACUUGGUUACACAAAUUGGAGUCGUGGGAGGAUUAAAAUAUCUACUUAAAUAUUUCAAGCUCUUGGACUGAUAAUAAUUGAGCAAACUCCAAUACUAAAAGUAUUUAGUGAUAUUGGUAAUUCUGUGUGAUAUAUAAAAAAAACUAAAUUUGCUGAUAAUAUUACAAAUGACAUCAUGACAUCAAUAAUAUAAAUAUUUCAUAUGAAUCAUGCCCCCACGAUGCAGACGCUCUAACGUCUUGCUUAUAAAUUAGAGGUAUUAACUGAAUAAUAAUAUUUCAAGCGUAUGAACGGAAUAAUAACUAAUCAAUAUUCAACACUAGAAAUUUUUCUACAUCUGUCAGCAAUGGUUCGAGCGUGUAAUGUAACCAUCCCCUAUAUUGUACGGUUUAAGUCUUUUGUCGAGUCACACAAGAAAUAACCAUAUGCUUAACUCCUACUUCAUUGUACCUAAUUAAAAUGUAUAUGUAUUAAAUUGAUCCAAACAGUGUAAUGCAUAUACAAGUGACCCGACAAAAUACUGACAAAAGGGAAGCUUUCACCUGUGUUCAUAUAGCACUAAUUGUGAUAAGAUAUCAACUCAUGUCACUUCACGCGUUAGCUCCAAGAACCCCUUCCCUUGUUAAAAAUACUCCAUUAUCUUGGCACUAACGUGUGGGCGCUGUAGCUCCUCAAAUCAUUACUUAUACGACUUCAACACUAAACAGUAAUAUUUCGUAAAGCAAUAAAAAUGUCGUACACAUACAGUAAUAUAUUAAAAUUAUGGAACUAGUAUAAUUAUACAUAGCAUCUCACAAUAUCUCAUGUCCGUGGACGAUUAAAUUUGAAGCAUUUCUCACGACUCAUGCUGUAGGUUACGACAUUUUAGUACGACAAAAUUGUAUAUAAAUGGUUUUCUGUGAUAAAGAGGAAAAACAUAAUAUUAUUAGACCUGUGUGAUUGCGUAGAGAAGUUGUUAAUUUGUAGCGGCGGCGUCUGCUUGAGAGCGCGACGGGCCCUUGGAUCAUCCGAUACCAAACAGCGAGAAUUAAUAGGAUCUAUUCGUUAUUAUUUGUAUAGUGCUACUUCCUUUAGCGUGUAAACUAAAUUAGUUACUUAAUAAAUCUGGGUAUUUACAUACUGCCUCAACGGCAUAUAUUAAGGCAAUAAUUUGCAAAGCUUUUAUACAAUAAAGCAACCUAAAGUGAAAUUCAGAUUCGUGUUUUAAAAUGAUGUGAUCGAAUAAAUUUUAGCUUGAGUGAACGUAAUAUUUUAUGCAUUUUUUUAUUAAAGACGGCAAGUGCGAGGUAACAAGCACAUUUAUUUAUUUAGAGUCGAGUUAUCGUUGUGUUGUGGCGCAUUGUGGUGAUAUAGCGGCCCGACACACUCUAGCAGGCGCGGCGGUAUCCUGGCCGGGCAGAUAUUACUCGUCUCAUAAUGUUUGACGGUUGUUGUAGAGUCGAGGGGGUAAGCGGGUGUUUAGCUUUUAAGUGUGUUUCUUUUUUAUAUAUUUUACGUCAGUUACCUAUAGUUGAUUAUUAGUACAAAGUAUCUACUCUGUAAUGUGAUGCGGAUUUUUUCUGUGAGCUUUUAAUAAUAGUUGAUAGAUCAUCAAUAUUGCGAGACAUGUUUGUCCACAGGAUAAUGUAAGAAAACGUAAACGAACAUAUAAUUGUGAUUAUUGUUAAACAUGAGAGUAGUACAAGAUGCCCUUAUAUAAUAUAAGAAACGUACGCCUUUUCGAAACGUGUUUGUAUUUAAAUUAAGACAAAUCGUUGACCUCGACGAAGCGAUAGAAAAAAUUCGUGUUUCAUAAAUGUUGUAAAUUUCUGAUCUCGAAAUGUUAGAUUUCUUCUAUGUAGAUUUAUUAUUUAUCCUGAUACCUACAUUCACUAAUAUAUUUACAUUGUUAUUGUAUAGCUGUAAAAUAAUUUAAAGCCAUUAUUAAGUUUAUAGCGCCGAUGGACUUUCGAUGAUCCAGUGGUCUAGCGUAACAUUGGACGUACUUUGGCGCGCCGCUUAGUCCGCGCCGACCGCAGCGAGCGGCGCGAGCGCGGCGUCGCGCCCCGCGCCGCCUUACCGCUGCCUUACCGCGCCGCGACUCCCCUCACCCACUGGGGACCUCUAACAAUAUCCUCUUUCAUAACAAAUUACCUCGAAUGGGUUUUAUUAAUCAAUAAAUAAUAUUACAAUCGAAUCUGUAACUUCCUUUAACAAAAUUAAAUCGUUUUCACCAGUUUGAUAGCGGUCUCUAGUAUAGUGAUAAUUAGAGGCGUAUCUUGCUGCCCUCGCUGCGGCGUCGGCCACCGACUUAGUGUUAUAAGACGUGUAAAUAUUGUAAAAAAGCGAUCGUUAUGUAGGUCGCCUGUGAAAAUGUCUAGUGAUACGUUACUAGUUAUUCUUAAUGUUAGCUAGGUAAUCUCGUCCCCAACGGUUCUUGGAUUUGAGUUGGGUGUUUCACUGCCUUAAAAUAAUGGAAAUGUUCGAUGUAAUAGUUACCUUAAAAAUACCACCGAUGUGGCAUUUAAAUUUUUCUUAUACGUUUUUUAUAUCAUUCGGUAAAUACGAAAUAUGCGGGACUUCGAACUGAGGACGCGCAAACUGUGACGUUUAUAUACUUAUCUGUGAUUGUGCAAAACUAUACGAUCCCAUGGUUUGUACUAUACGGUCGACUAACAGGAAACUAACGAUAUAAUAAUAUUUUUAUUAGAUAAAUCUUCGCCAAAUAUUAUGCCCGCGAAUCUAUGACAGUAUUGCACACAUAGGUAAAAUGAAAAAAUACAAUACUUACCUAAAAAUAUGCUUCACUUUUAUUGUUUGCUUUUAUUGACAUUCAUUUUUAUAACCCAUGCAUAUGAUAGAGGAAUAAAACGAACUAUGAAAUUAAUGUUAAAGAACUUAAUACUUUUCUACGUAAUAGGUCAACAGCAGUAAUUAUAAUCGAUAAUUAUUCAUAAUAGAUGGACUCGUUCGAAUUUUGUUUGAAUAUUUGGCUCACUCCAGACGAUUUCUAUGUCGUAUAGAUUCGCGCGCUCCAUUCCCGACUCGGUCCUUGCGCAUGCGCACCCGCUAGACUCCGCGUUGUACUCAGCGAAGUGAGAUAAGUGUUAGCCCAGUAUUAUCAUGCCUGCCUUGCAUCUGUGUAUCGCUUCACGAUCAUCAUAUUUUAUAUUGAAAUGAUACAUUUAUUACGUAUUAAGCAUAGAAAGUUCAUCGGCAAAGAGAGCACCAUAGUAUGUUUUUUGGUACAUUCCAAUAACUUUACAGGAUAGUGCAAUCCUAUUGAUAUUGUAUUAAUAAAGAACCAAACUUAAUAUUAGUAUUUAAGUAAUUUAUUAUCCUAAAACUAAACUAUACGCAUGUUUUCACUAUACUGGUAAAAAUGGUUAUGUACAUUAUGAAAGAGCUACUGUUUUAUAUAUGAAUUCUUGCUCGCCUGUAAAAUUUUGCAGAAUGAAUCAUAUUAUAAGAUUGUACAAUAUGAAUAAAUGCAAAAAAAAGACAAUUUCCUCGA